AUCAGCUGGGCCGAGGCAGCUUGCACAUAGCGGUGCAGAUCGCUGCCAUUGAACACCCAUGCAUCGCUGCGAACCUUUGAUCUACAGAAACGCAAGAACCCUCCCCGCAACCCAUCUGUGUCAGAUAACAACGAUGAUGAUGAUGACGACGACGGUCAGGAUAUGGCAUUCGAGGAACGUGGUCGAAAACACCCCCUUUCUUCCGGCGACAAGCGAGUAGACUCGUCGUUGACGCUCCUCACCAAGCGCUUCGUCGAGUGCCUCCGGCGUUCUGAAGACGGAGUCCUGGACCUCAACAAGGCAGCAGGGUUUUUGGGAGUGCAAAAGCGCAGAAUCUACGACAUCACCAAUGUGCUCGAAGGCAUCUCGCUUGUCGAGAAGAAUCUCAAGAAUCAGGUCAAGUGGAGGGAUCCGCCCGCCAGCCCUUCUGAUCUCGACGAUGGGCCAGAAAUUGAGGCUUAUCGCCAGCUCAAGAUAGAGGAGGAGGAACUGACAAAGCACCUGGCCCAAAUCGAAGUCACGAGACAGGAGUCGGAGCAGGAGCUGCAGGAUCUGUUCUCGACCCUCAACUCGCCCUUCCUCUACGUCACACCCUCCGACCUCAACAGCCUUGAGUACCUGCGCGGCAGCAUCAUGAUAGCAGUCAAAGCCCCCCCUGGAACCCGUCUCGAGGUCCCAGAUCCCGAAGAGGCCGUCGACCCCGCGCACAAGUAUCAGGUCUACCUCAAGAGCGAAGGCGGCCCGAUCGACAUCAUCCCUGUAUACGACCAGCAUUUUUCGUCGGAGGAGUGGUAGGAGCGUGGGCCCUCGAUAACCGCACAGCGAAGGUGCCAUCCUGCCAUUGCCCAGUUUCGCCGCCAGCGGCAGUUCUGUCAUGACUCAAGCCUACCCAGCAGAGCGACCCUGGUAGCGACGCCGCUUCUAUCGAUUGCGAUUCCACGAUCCAGCCGCAUUUCUUUGUAUUUAAUUAUCUCGCUUUACCGAAUACAUUUCUGAUCCGUUUUGUAUGUACUGCUUCGAGCCGCCGCAGUGCUUGUGAGGUUCUGGGACACCAUUUUGGGUCGGUCCUGGAUACACCCCCAUCCAUCCAACAGGCCAGCAUAAUGCUACGAGGC